UGUUUUUGUUUCCUGGUAAAGUGGCAACUUUGAUCAGCUGACUAUUCGCGUUUAGAAAAAAUGGAAAGCAACACAGAAAUACAGAAGGUAAACGCAAUUCGCAAUAUUUUUAUAGCAAAUUAAUUUUUAAUUCUUGAAUAAAAAUGUCUCAUUUAAAUGGAAAGCAAAAUAUAUUGAACGCACUCAGCUACAAAUGUAUACUGGACAUAACCGCUAAUGAUUCUAGCAGUGACGAAGAGGAUGACGAUAUCCUAAUAAAAUUUGCCAUUGAUGCAGCGCUUAUUAUAGCUAAUCGGAGAAGUACCCAUUUGGGUAUACCAAAGUCUUCGCAAUGGGUCAAUAAUGUUCUUCCCAGAUUUGAUAGUGGCCGCAUGCGACAAAUGUUGCGCAUAGAAUUCUUUGAGUUCAACUAUAUAUUGUUGCUAUUCCAAGUUAGCAAUGUCCCUUUUAUCUGCAUAAUGUAA